UGCUUUCUCAACUUGCAUGCGUCACUCCCUCCUCUUAAUCUUCUAUAUAUAAUUGCAUUGAUCGCUCUCCUAUAUAUGCAUAUAUAUAUCUUCAUUAUAACUUGCAUUUUCUGUGGUUUUAUACCGGGGAUUGUUCGAUAUGGGUGAUUCUUCUUCCGCUUCUUACAUUCACAUGGUGCAGCACUUGAUAGAGAAAUGUUUGAUCUUCCACAUGAGCAAAGAAGAGUGCAUGGAAGCUCUCUCUAAACAUGCGAACAUCACUCCUGUUAUCACCUCCACCGUGUGGAAGGAGCUGGAGAAAGAGAACAAGGAGUUCUUCGAGGCGUAUGAGCAGAGGCAAAGCAGACAAGAGAGAAUGUCGGAGGAAGAGACAAACAAGAUGAUCCAGAAGAUUAUCUCCGAUUCCUCCAAAGAAUCCGACGACUGAUUCAAUAUUAAUUUACUUCCGUAUUGAAAAUGAUCUCUCCAUGUACCCCAAAUAUAUAUAUAUAUUUCUAUUAGUACUAUGUAUUAUAUGUUUGCAUGUUUAAUUUCUCCCUCGCGUCGGUCCAAAAAAUAAAGACAGCAAAAGGAGUCA